CACCUCCCUGGAACUCAGCCACUUGGUACUGUUUCAGCUUUCCUACCACCUCUGCCAGCCAAUCCCAUCUUCCUGAGAAUCUGGCCUCCCUAUUGGCUAUCGCACACCUUUAAACUGCCUGCUCUGUGACAUCAUUCUCUCACCAAGCCUAUUGCCAGCUGGUAGAAUCUUGGGGUAGCCUAUAAAUUUGUAUCACUGGCCUGUGUGGUCAGUGACCAGUGUGACCGGUGGCCUUCAUACUGGACACAUUCACUCCUUGGCUUCAGCCACACAGACAUUCACUAGGAUCGAAUCUUCAUCCCUUGAUUCUACAGUUGAUGUUUCUUCUUCUCUGACCAUGUCAGAACAUUUCCAAAAUACCUCUUUACUUGGAACUGCAAACUCUCUGCAGCUCUCCCUUCCUGUGGUGAGAAAUGUGGCUUCCCUAACAGGAAGCAUUUCCAACUUCUCCAGAGCCACUGCUCCAGCUGUUAGCUCAGCAUGGCUACUGCCAUCAGCCUCUGGCACCUCUUUCCAGCCACUCAUGGGCAGUGCCUACCUUUACCAACAUUCUAGCACAUCUAUGUUGUCUGGGGUUAGUGGCCAGAGCCAUAGCUCUACUUCAGCUGCCUCUUACCCAGGCAUUUUUGAGUGGGACAUUACAGCAAAGACAGCAAAGAAGUCACCCUCGCUCAGGGACUUCACUGUGACUGUCAUUGACCAGAACACAGCUGUCUCUUCCAGGUCUAUGACAGCCCAGCAUGAUAAAACUUCACAUGCCAAUAUUAUAGUCCCUCUGUAUCCAACACUAUCUGCCAGCCUUGUUCAGAGGACACAAUCUCAAAUUCCAAAUCAGCAGGGCCAUAGCCUGUCACUUCCCUACCAGACAGGAAGCCAGGUCUAUUACUAUAAUCCAGGCACACUGGGGCCUCAACUAUCUGGAGAACUUGGCCCCUGGCUGCAAUCCUAUGGCUCUGUGUCAUACCCAGGAAAUAGGGCCUCUGCCCAUCAACCAGAAAUGGUGAUGGUGCUAAAGGAGGUUCAGCCCACAAAAGUUCUACCAGCAGUCUCCACUUCCGGGAUGCAUUACUCUGUGUCUGCUCAACCCAGCACAGAAACCAGUUUUCAAGUGAUGGAAGCUUCCCUGGGGAUCGAUACUUCCCUGGGAUUGGAAUCUGCAAGCCAGACAUUUUGUCUGGCACAAACUCCAGAAUUCACCAAGUCCUCCAGUAGCAGAAAUACCCAGAUACUUGAGAGUAAUCCAUCACCUGAGCUUGGGGACAUUUCAAUGACAGCUCCAGUCCAGAGUCCAACUAAUCUCUUGACAGUGUCUCCAGCUCCAAGCCAGGACAAAACUGAGAAUAAGAAUUUGGAUGAGAUUAAGACCAAGAUUUCAAAGCCUCUAGAUGCCUACCAAUUCCCAAUAGAAAACCGAUAUCCUCCAGUGCUUCCUUUAGAAAUCCCUGAUAUUCACCAGCUUCUGUCCUGCAUUGAUCCUCUUGGCCAAGAGGAGCAGCCUGGUUCCGAAAAUGCCAAUCUGAGAAACAACAGCCUGAGUCUUCAGGGCCAAGGGCUACUUGAAAAUGGGUUUGAGUCUAGCAGUGAUCUUGCAGACGUCACUACAUUGGUGGAGAAUACUCACCUCCCCUCGAUCAUCAGUUCUUUACAAGAUCUUGACCAACCCAAAAGCCCCUCCAUCUUCAGUUCCUUACAAGAUCUUGACAAACCAAAAAGUCCCUCCAUCUCCAGUUCCUUACAAGAUCUUGACCAACCCCAAAGUCCCUCCCUAUUCAGUUCCUUACAAGAUCUUGACCAACCCAAAAGUCCCUCCCUAUUCAGUUCCUUACAAGAUCUUGACCAACCCCAAAGUCCCUACAUCUUCAGUUCCAUACAAGAGCUUGACCAAUUUCAAAGUCCCUCCAUCUUCAGUUCCUUACAAGAUCUUGACCAACCCCAAAGUCCCUCCAUCUCAAGUUCCUUACAAGAUCUUGACCAACCCAAAAGUCCCUCCCUAUUCAGUUCCUUACAAGAUCUUGACCAACCCAAAAGUCCCUUCCUAUUCAGUUGCUUACAAGAUCUUGACCAACUCCAAAGUCCCUCCAUCUCAAGUUCCUUACAAGAUCUUGACCAACCCAAAAGUCCCUCCCUAUUCAGUUCCUUACAAGAUCUUGACCAACCCAAAAGUCCCUUCCUAUUCAGUUCCUUACAAGAUCUUGACCAACCUCAAAGUCCCUCCCUAUUCGGCUCCUUACAAGAUCUUGACCAACCCCAAAGUCCCUCCAUCUUCAGUUCCUUACAAGUUCUUGACCAACCCAAAAGUCCCUCCCUAUUCAGUUCCUUACAAGAUCUUGACCAACCCCAAAGUCCCUCCAUGUUCAGUUCCAUACAAGAGCUUGACCAACCCAAAAGUCCCUCCAUGUUCAGUUCCCUACAAGAUCUUGACCAACCCAAAAGUCCCUACAUCUUCAGUUCCAUACAAGAUCUUGACCAAUCCAAAAGUCCCUCAGGCAAGAAAGCCAAAGAUCCCAGCACCAUCAAGGUAAAUCAGGUACAGGAAAAGUCAAGUGUCAUAAAGGGUCACUCUGAUCAAGUAAGGAAGAACAAGCAUAAAGCUGCCGAGCCUAUCCAGGGUGCUCCCAAGACCAAAAUCCAGCCAAAGAACCCAGAGAGCCUAUUAGAGGAAGAAGUGACGGUUUGCAGGGCUACCACCAGUGACAGCGCUUCUGUGAGCAAGCGCAUGCGUUCUAGCAACAAACGUCACAAAGCCGCAUCCAGCAGAGGCAGCACAACUAAGAGGCACGGGCAGGAGAAGACCAAAAGGAACAGAGAGAACAGCUCCAAGAAAUCCGGAGACAGUAAGAAGUCAGGGACCAAAAUCAAGGUCGAAGAGAAGCAAGGCAUUCCUAAUAGGAAGCGGAAGAAAAAUCAACCUGAGCUUAGCCAAGAGACCUUCAAAAAGCCACGAACCUCCCUAGGCAUGCAUAUGCUAGAGUCCAUGCAAGUUUUCCAUGCACUGGGGAAAAAGACUGACAAGAAAACUGGAUUCUCUUCCUCCCAGACUCUGGGGAGCUCAAGCAAUACCCAGAACCCCCAGCCAUUCUCAGCUCUUAAUCCAUGGCUGGCUACCCGAUGUGAGGGGAAAGACCUGGACAAAACUCACGUCAAGGCCCAGAAACUGGAUAAUGCUGAAAAAGAGUGUCCAUCUCCAUCCCAGAAUGAGUUGCCACCACCUGGGAAGGUCAAAUUGGUACCGUUGCCCUUUCUGACCCCAGACAAACCUCAAGCUCGACCUGUUUCUCGGCGGCCACACCCUCCAGCCUCACGUAGGCCUGCUGUGGCUUGUCCUUCUCCACCUAAUUUUACUAACUCAGCUCAGUCAACUGCUGUCAGUCCAUCCCAACCGGCUCCUACCAACACAUCUUUGACAGGUCCUGCCAGACCAGCUCAGCCAAUUUCGACCAGUGCAACCAAACCCGGUUCAACCAAUCCUAACCAGCCUCCUAUUGCCUCUCAGUCUGCUGCUUCUAGGCCAGCACCUUACAAAACAUCAUCUUGCUCUUCUCUCCAGCGGGAGCCUGUUUUCACUGCUGUGACCAAUCUCCAGUCACUGCCCAAGCCUCAAAAUCAGUUCCUAAUCCAAGACUUCAGUUUACAACACAGGCCAUGGAGGACACCUGACAUUUCUGGGCCAGUAGUGUCAAUGCCCAUCACAAAAGAGCAGAGGCCAGAGCGUGAGGCCAUGAAGAGGAAGGCUCAGCAAGCGCGUGAGAAUGCUGCCAAAUACACCUCUUUGGGGAAACUGCAGUUCUUCACCCAGAGGGAAAAAGAUGAUGGAAAUUUCUGAGUACUAUGGCUACAGAUUCCAAGAGUUGCUGAGACUGUAGGCUUUACUUUGGAUACCAGCUGGUUUUCCAAAUAUAUAGAUAGAUACUGCUUUCUUUAUUCCAAUAAUAUAUUUUAAAAACUUGAUAAAGAAAUGUAAUAGAAUUAAUGAUGAGUAAUAGAUAGGCGUUUGAGUUUUGAGAUGCUGUUGACUGUGGGUUUUCCUUGGUGGGGGUGGGGAUCAAAGGCUGCCUUAUAAGAAAUUAUGGCUGGACACGGUGGCUCAUGCCUGCAAUCCCAGCACUUUGGGAGGCCAAGGUGGGUGGAUCACCUGAGUCAGGAGUUCGCAACCAGCCUGGCCAACAUGGUGAAACUCAUCUCUACUAAAAAUACAAAGAAAUAGCUGGGUGUGGUGGUGGGUUCUUAUAAUCUGAGCUUCUUGGGAGGCUGAGGCAGAAUCGCUUCAACACAGGAGGCAGAGGUUGUAGCGAGCCGAGAUCACACCACUGUGAUCUCCAGCCUGAGCAACACUGCGAAACUCCAUCUCAAAAAAUAAAAAAAUAAAUAAAUGAAAUAAACACAAGAAGGUACUGAAAGUUGGAUGGUGGUUGAAUAGACAGUAGAAUUGAGGAGAGAGGAAGGAACAUGGUCCAGGACUAAGAAGGUCAAAAGGGGAGAGAUUUUAUGGGCUAUACAAAGAAUCAGAAAUGGGGGAAAUGGCAGAAGUUAAGAUUCAGAAUCUGAGGUUAGGAAUAAAAGAAUAAAAUUUGGAUAGAAGUUGAAGAUGGCAGAAGAUAAGGCUGCGUGGAGCAAAAGAAAUGUACAAAAUCUCCCGUGGAUGAUGGCCUUAUGUCUCAUGGCCUAUCAGAUAGGUGUUUUAGAAAAUAAGAUUCAGGACUCAUCUUCAACAGCUUUGGGUUACUUUAUACAUACAUGAUCACAGUUGGGAAAGGUCAGUACAAAACAGGGGAAUCUACCACCAGGGGAAGGGCUCACAGUUAUAGGUGCAGCUAAAAACCUGGGACCCAGCCAAGUGAAUUGCAGCAGCCUGAAGCUGACCCAGAAAAGACCCUGGAGUAUAGAUCACCAUUGACUCAACACCUAUGCAUGGGCCACUGAGAUGCACUACUUCAGUUCACCUUCACAACCACACACAAGCCAGUAACACUGUGCCACUUUCCUAGUAAGGUAAACAGCAAUAUAAUUUUUCCUUAAGCUUGAACA